GAGGAGAUUCCCCAAAAACUUGGCCCCCAUUUCUUUCGCAUCGUCGUCUCGCCUUGCCCCGUCCACUAACCCUAGCGGCAACUGCGAUCUCCAACCGCUCGAUCUCUCGCCGGAGGCUCCAGAUCUGCGGGAGGUAGUCGACCUCGUCGCCGGCGGUGGGGUUUCCGAAUCGGGGGCGAAGAUGACGGAGGCGUGGGUGCGGCACAAGCCCGGGAUGGCGAGCGUCAAGGACAUGCCGGUGCUGCAGGACGGGCCGCCGCCGGGCGGCUUCGCGCCCGUGCGCUACGCGCGCCGGAUCCCCACCAAGGGGCCCAGCGCCAUCGCCAUCUUCCUCACUACCUUCGGCGCCUUCGCCUGGGGGAUGUACCAGGUUGGCCAGGGGAACAAGGUCCGCCGUGCACUCAAAGAGGAGAAAAUUGCUGCCCGCACCGCUUUAGUGCCAGUGCUCCAAGCUGAAGAAGAUGAAAGAUUUGUCAAAGAGUGGACAAAGUCUCUUAUGUGGGAGGAAAUAAUUAUGAAAGAUGUCCCUGGAUGGAAGGUCGGCCAAAGUGUCUAUAAUUCCGGGAAAUGGAUGCCUCCUGCCACCGGCGAGCUGCGUCGUGAAGAUUGAUGAAAUCCAAGGGGCUUGCCGCAGCCUACCAAAGAUGCCAUCAUGUCUUUUGGGCAUGCAUAAGGCUUUUGAACCAGAAUACCCAAAAAAAAUUGCUACGAGGAACUCACUCUUAAAGCACUCGCUGUGCAUUUGUUGUGUUGAUGAAAUCUUGGCUAAUAAUUGGACAUGUCAAACAGACAUUUGUUUCACAUGAACUAUGCUCUUUUGUGGACGGAACAUCUGUUUUGCCCUGAUGUUCUCCCUUCUCUAUGUUUUAUUUUUUUCUACUCUGUACUAAGCACUUCUUGGUCAGUGCUUUACCUUACUGUAAACAUUCGAAUGUAUUCAGUCUUUUUAGACAAAGACACAGGAGGAACAUUCAAUGUCAA